UUGAAAUUGAAAUCGGAAUAUGGAGACCUAGAAGCUCCUGUUGCAGACUGCUAUAAAGUCAAUUAUAACGCACAUUGCAAGCAAUACAUGAAAGUUCAAGAUUACAUGUCUUAUUUGAAAAAUAGUAAGAGAGAUAAGCUCUUGUAUCUUAAAGAUUGGCAUUUAAGAAGAAUAAAACCAGAUGAUAUGUUUUAUGAAGUACCUAAAAUCUUCGCAUCGGACUGGCUCAAUGAAUACGCACAAGAUAAUAAGGACGAUGAUUUUAUGUUUGUAUAUAUAGGACCAGAAGGAUCUUGGACUCCUCUGCAUUGUGAUGUUUAUUCAUCAUAUAGUUGGUCGGUAAAUAUAGUAGGCAGAAAGAAAUGGACUUUGUUUCCUCCAGGUGAAGAAAACAAACUUAAGGAUAGUUUUGGCAACUUGCCACUAUUGUUUAAUUCAAAAACAUAUCCAGAUGUAAAGUAUUUUGAAUUGAUUCAAGAAAAAGGUGAUGCAAUUUUUGUACCUACAGGAUGGCAUCAUCAAGUUGAGAAUACACUUGAUACAAUAUCAAUUAACCAUAACUUUAUUAAUGCCAGCAAUUUAGAAUUAGUUUGGGAAGCACUUAAAAGUAAUUUGUCCUCUGUUGAAAAAGAAAUUGAAGAAUUCAGAAAUACACCUGAAUUUGUUUCUCAGUGUCAACUUAUACUUAAUUCUGUAUUUGGUAUGGAUUAUAUAGCAUUUAUAAAUUUUAUCAUACACAUAGGUGGUAAAAGAAUCAAACAAUGUCAUGAAAAUAUCAUCGAAACAAUUAAAGUAUUACUGAAUUAA